ACACACGGGGCAGCCGCCAGAUAAGAAACCUCUUAGCAGCAGCCUGCAAGUUAUUCAACGUUUUAGAACAUAGAUUUAGUAUCUCGUUGUCUAAGCUUGCGCAAAGUUGGAUUUCUUAUUAAUAAAAUAUUUUCGAAUGAGGAAAUACAUCAUGAUCUUUUAUCUUAUAACAACUUGGCUGCUUCUUAUUCCCUCUUCUAUUGGAAUUGAUGUGGUGACAGAGGAAGAUUUUGACACAUUCAAGAAUGAAAUGUCUUUUAAACUGGAACAAAUCGCAACUCAAUUGGCACAGAUAAAUGAAAAGAUACUAACACCUAUUUCCUGUCCGCCUGGGCCGCCUGGACCGUUUGGGCUGAAUGGUGUGCCGGGUAGGGAUGGAUCCCCGGGUCCAAUAGGUCCGAAGGGAGAGCCCGGCGAACGUGGCUUGUGUGAUUGCGAAGGUCGAGAAGGUCGCGAAUGGUCCGAAACUACGGAGAAGCCCAAAGAUUCUGCAGGUCCCGUAGGUCCUCCAAUCUCUUCGGCUAUGCAAGAUUUAAUGAGCCGAAUGAUGGCGGCAAAACCACUGACGAAUGGAGCCACUAUUUAUUAUCAAGAUUCUUCAGGUAGUCCGAGCAAUCCAAAAUCGACCUUCAAGAUAUGGUCAUCUUCCUCGUCGAACGCAUCUCAGUCUAGUUGGCAAAAGUUUUCUAAUUGGACUAUUCCCAUGCAACCAGUUAAGUUAUUUCCAGACGAGCCACAGGAGAAAGAACUUUUAGAAGACCCCAAAGAAGAGGAAGCCGAACCAAAUAAAAAGUUCACUGAAACAUUUUCAGAUCAACAUUCUUCAAGUUCUUCCAAUUCGUCUUCAUCGACCUAUACAAAAACGACGAACUGAGAACAACCCGUUGGCAAAGUCCUUCAAUGAUGGCUAAAAUAGUGCUCAAAUUUGUUCAUAAAAACCUUAAAUAAUUGUUGUUUUAUUAUUUACAAUUAAAUAAUAAUAUUUAAUACA